GGAGCCGCAAGCAAAUACUGGCCAGCAUGUCCGAGCUGCGGGGCUGUCGGAGCCGUUUGUGCGACGCCGUCGAACAACUCAACCAACUGUUCGGCAUGUGCGUGCUGCUCGCCCUGCUCUUUUACAACAUCUACGUGCACGUUGUCGUCUAUUUGGUGCUCACCCGCUUGAUAGACUUCAUUUACGACUCGUCCAACGAGGUCAACUUGAACACCACCCUCGUCUGGCUGGCAAUUGAUGUUUUCUUCGUCGCCACCUAUUUUCACGGAUGCAUCACAACGUCCCUUGAGGUGGAAAAAACGUCGGCAAUCCUGAGCAAUAUGUCACACUCAGUACCGAGUGGCAGGCUGCGGGAAAACGUUUAUUGGUUCUUGACGGAAGUGAAUUCGAGGCCAAUUAUUUUCUCGGCUUACGGCGUUUUCCGCAUUGAUCUGCCGCUGCUUUUUGUGUCGAUCGCGUCGUGCGCUGUCAACAUGGCCAUUCUGCUGCAGAACGCGGAUUGAACGACCUGUUCGACGCCAGAAAUCAAAAAUAUAAUUCCUUCCAUCCAAUUUAUUCAUGUAUUCGAACGAGCAAAUUAAUAUUUAUGUGCGUUUAAUUCGCGGACGUGAAAAAUUGGACCAAACUCGUGCAUAUUGAGUGGCGGAGGGACC